CCUGUCGGCUGCUGUGAAGCCGGACACGCAUGCGCAGAAACAACGGCCGCCUGUCACUGGAUACUUUUACUUUGCGCAGUUUUACUUUGCAACCGAAACAACAACAACAACAAAAAAAAACACAAAAUAAAACUUUAUCUCGAAGGCCGUGUUUAUGGGAUUGUAAAGGGUGACGGCAUCAUUUCGCCGGUCCAACCUUCUCGCUUGAACGGUGAACAAGAAAGCGAGCCGUAAACAACACGUUUAGCUAACUGUGAAGCAACAAUGUGCUGACAUCUAAAGCUAAUUGCCAUCUGCCGACAGGUACUUUGCAGACUACCUCUGUUGCCCAGCAGCUCCAGCAGACCUCUCACUAUGGAGCGAGCAGCACUCAAACAGAGCCAGCUCUGUGGCUCCUGGGAGAUGAAGGAGAGACUUGGGAUGGGAGGCUUUGGGCACGUCUACCUGUAUCAGCACCUUGAGCUGGGAGAGAAGAUUGCUGUGAAACUUUGCCGCCUGGAGCUGAACUCCAAGAACAAAGACCGCUGGAGCAGAGAGAUCCAGAUCAUGAAGAAGCUUAACCAUGUGAAUGUUGUUCAGGCCAGAGACGUACCAGAGGAGUUGAGCUCAAUUGCUUUAAAUGACCUACCUCUGUUGGCCAUGGAGUACUGCUCAAGAGGAGACCUACGCAAGGUGUUGAAUAAACCAGAAAACUGUUGUGGGCUAAAGGAGAGUGAAGUCCUCUCGCUGCUUAGUGACAUAGGUUCUGGUAUCCAGUAUCUCCAUGAAAACAAGAUCAUUCACAGAGACCUAAAGCCAGAGAACAUAGUUCUGCAGGAGAAUGGUGGGAAGCUUGUCCAUAAAAUCAUAGAUCUUGGCUAUGCCAAAGACCUAGAUCAGGGCAGUCUCUGCACAUCCUUUGUUGGAACUCUCCAGUAUCUGGCUCCAGAGCUGUUCGAAAGUAAACCUUACACUGUAACUGUGGACUACUGGAGCUUUGGGACAGUGAUCUUUGAAUGUACUUGUGGCUUUCGCCCCUUUUUACACCACAUGCAGCCAGUACAGUGGACAAGUAAAGUCAAGAACAAAGGUCCCAAGGAUAUCAUGGCAGUAGAGGACAUGAAUGGAGAAGUCAGAUUCUCCACACAUCUCCCAUAUCCCAACAAUCUCAGCAGACCGCUGCUGGAGCCAGUUGAGUCUCUACUACAGAUGUUGUUACUGUGGGACCCUGCAACACGCGGUGGAGGGCUAGAUACUGACAGAAACAAGCCGUAUUGUUACACCACUCUGCAGAAUAUUCUCAGCACGAAGGUGAUUCAUGUGUUGGACAUGACGUCAGCCCAGCUGCACUCCUUGGUUUUGGGAGCUGAGGAGAGUUUGCACUCUCUGCAGCUUCGUCUGGAGACACACACUCAGACACACAUCUCCCCGCUGAGUCAGGAGCUGCUACUGGAGACGGGAAUCUCCCUUGACCCACGCAGACCACCUGCACACUGUCUGCCAGAUGGAUUGCGAGGCUGGGAUAGCUCCAUAGUCUUCCUGUUCGAUAAGAGCCUGACAAAGUACUCUGGACCACUGACUGCCAGACCUCUGCCAGACAGUGUCAACUUUAUAGUCAGGGAGACCAAGACACAGCUCCCGCUGUCUGCACUGAGAAAGGUGUGGGGGGAGGCAGUCAGCUACAUCUGCGGACUGAAAGAGGACUACAUUCGCCUGUACCAGGGACAGAAGGCUGCAAUGCUGAGUCUGCUGCGUUACAACACCAACCUUACGCGGUACAAGAACCUUCUGUUCUCCCAGUCACAGCAGCUGCGAGCGAAACUUGCUUUCUUUAAGACCAGCAUCCAACACGACCUCGAGCAAUAUACCAGGCAGAGGCACACCGGCAUCUCUUCAGAAAAAAUGUUGAAGACCUGGCAGGAAAAUGAAGAGAAGGCUGAUGGAUUUACAAAGAUUGCAGACGUGGGAUAUCUGGAUGAAGAGAUAGUGGCUCUACAUUCUGAGAUUGUGGAGUUGCAGAGGAGUCCAUUUGCGAGGAGACAAGGGGAUGUAAUGGAACAGCUUGAGGAAAAGGCUAUUGAACUCUACAAGCAACUGAAAGCUAAAUGCAAAAGUCCAGAUCCUCCACAUGGCUACAGUGACAGCUCAGACAUGGUGAAGACCAUACUCCAAACAGUUCAGAACCAGGACAGAGUGCUGAAAGACUUGUACACUCACCUGAGUACAAUUCUGGUGUGUAAGCAGCGCAUCGUUGAUUUAUUCCCUAAGUUGGAGAGGGCGGUAGAGAACAUUAAAACUGCAGAGGCAGCAGUGAUGCAGAUGCAAAUGAAGCGACAAAAAGAGUUCUGGUAUCUCCUCAAGAUUGCCUGUGCACAGAGCAAUUCUCCAUCACAGCCGGUUAUGCAACUGCCCACUUACAGUGAAACUGUUCAUCAAUUACUAGAUGACAAUCAGCGUUAUUUGAGUCAGCUAACGUCUCUGCUGCAAGAUGCCACCCAGGAGAUGGGGGACAGUGUCAUGGAUCAGGACUGGACGUGGACCCAGUACAGAGCAGUGAAAGCCCAACCUCAGAAGCUGUAGAAACCGAAGACUCAGUGUUAUGAGUCAAAAACAUGUACUGUAAACAAGUGCCUUAUCAGGGUUAGGUUAUCUGAAAGCUUUGUGAUAAUGCAAUGCUAUGAGACAAUAAUGUGUGAAGCAGCAGGAUGUGGUAGGUUAUUCAUGUUUUAGCUUAAAUGUAUAUAAUUGAAUUUUAAAAACUAUAUCGAGCUGUCACCAAAACGUAUUUAUUGUACUAGUAAUAUUGGUUAGAGUAAAACAUUGCUGCUAACAAACUAUGCAUGAAGGAAUGUGAGUAAAUUUUAUAAAUGUAUGGCACAUAUACAAUGUUUUGUGUUUGUUCAAGCAGUUUAAAUGGAUUUUCUUAGAAUUGGUUUGACUUUCCUAUGCAAAUGUUACACUGUUGAAGAUAAUAAGUGUCUGGAUAUUUGCAUGCACACAGUGGACCAGACAACCGUCUGCACACACACAGGAAAUUACUUGUUUAUAUGACCCUGGGUUCAAAAUUCUCUUGGGAGCUGCUGAAAUCCAAACAGCAAGGAUGCAGCACAGAGUAACAUACAUAAAUUAAUCUGACUAAAAACAAGUAACAAGAAGCUCAAAAACAUUGUCUUAGAAAGAAUGAGGGAGACUUGAAGACAGUUAAAUGACAGGACAUCUCGCUCGCUGUGUGAUUUCAAUAGUAUUUUAACUUUAUUCGAAUUAUUCAGUAAAUGAGACCACUUUCCCACUGUGGUGUCAGACCUUUUGGACUGCACUGUAUGAUGAAGAUUUCUUUGUAACUAUGCAAAGUUAACAUAUUAUGCAUCCCUGCCUAUUGUUUUACCCAUGCAGUAUACAGUAUACUGACCUCCAUUAACUCCACAUUAUUGAUGGUUAAGAUGUCUUUUCAGACUUAAACCAUUGUCUGAGCAAACUGGGCAAACAUUUCAUAUUUCAAUCAAUUUAAUUGUAAGGAAUGUAUCAACCGUUAAAUAUAUGAGGUUAAUGUGAGACACUGGAAUAAUAAUACACUACAGUACUUUUAUUUCUAAGUGUCAAUCAGCCGGAAAGUAAAAAUGUACAGUAUAUUUAUUUAAUAGCCUACUGUAUGUACUUGUUGUAAGCUGGUACUACUUUCCUUCAACUUCCCUAACUUAACACUUAGUCAUUUUGAUCAGUAACAUUUUAGUGGAAAAUAUUGUUGAUUUUACUUCCAUAUAUAUUUAUCUUGUGGUUCAAUCUACAAAAUUUUCCUUUUUACUUUGUCACAUAAAUACGUCAGAAGUGUAUUUAUUUUUUUAGCAGUAGUUGUAUUUGUACUAGUAGCAGCAUAUUUCAGUAGAAUAUGUUUGAUAAUAGAUAAGGAUAUGCUUACUUAACAUGUUCAGCUCUUUGUCGGCAGCUUGAUAUGCAGCUCUGCCAUACUGUCUGCUAUACACCUAAUUUCAACAUG